GGGUUUCAGGUGAUACCUUUCGAACUGGAAUCUAUUCUACUUACAUAUGAUGCUGUAACAGAUGCAGCAGUAUUAGGAUAUUAUUCUGAAGAAGAAGCAUCCGAAAUUCCUAUAGCAUAUGUCGUAAUUAAAAACGGGUAUGAGCAGUCUCAACCUUUAGCAGGAGAAAUUCAAUCUUUUGUAAAUGACAAGGUUGCACCACAUAAAAAAUUAAGAGGUGGAAUAUUGUUUAUUGAUAAAAUUCCAAAAAAUAUGACUG